AUGGAUCAAAUAGCCCAAACCAACUCCAAAAUAGAGUUCCUAGUCGCUUCUAUAAAUAUCUUGCUCUGCAAUGAAACUCUCAACUUAACUGAAUCUCAAAAAGAGAGCUUUCGAAAAGCAAGGUUUCUGGUAAAAUGCAACGAAUCAGAUACCUUCGACCGACAUUACAGUGGGGACUGUGGGGGCAGACACCUUGCUGAAUAUUAUGCACAUGAAAUUCAUCCCUUCCUCGCAAUUGUCGUGUGUUUUAUUGGUAUUUUGACCAAUUUGACGAACAUAAUUGUGCUAACAAGAAAGGAAAUGUCCUGUACUCCUAUAAAUCGGAUUUUAGCCGCAUUAUCAGUGACUGAAAUCUUCCAGAUGGUUGAAUACAUUCCCUACGUAUGUUAUCACUACUUGGUGUUGCUCAAAAAACAUGAUUUUCCGUUCUAUGGAGCUAUUUAUAUGGUGUUUCAUAUUCAUCUCACUCAAAUUCUGCACACCACAACUGUUUGUCUCACAUUGUUACUGGCCAUUUGGAGAUAUCUAAUGUUGAGAUAUCCUGAUAAGAAACGUAUUCUCUGUUCCCAAUUUCGAUGUACACUUGGUAUAACCGCAUGUUGCGUACUUCCUUUCGUGCUGUGUAUCCCGAACUUCAUCAUAACCACCAUAACAGAGCAAGAGAUCGUCGAAAAUGGAAUUGAGUACAUCCUGUAUCACACCGACUUGAGUGAAACAUUUAAAAGCGACAAAACGCUGCUACGAAUUAUUUUUCUAAUCUAUGCUGUUUUUUUAAAACUACUCCCGUGUUGCAUACUCACUGCAAUCAAUUGCUGGCUUGUCAAUACUUUGUUUAAGGCAAAAGAAGGGAAACUAGCUUUGCGUAAUUACGACUGUUUUGAACUUAAGGAAAACGACGCAAAUCAAAAAAUUUUAAAGAGUGAAAAACGAACGCAUCGUACCACGAAAAUGCUAAUUGUGGUGUUGUUUUUGUUCUUAAUUACGGAAAUUCCACAAGGAAUUUUUGCAUUAUUGAUUGGAUUUAAAGGGAAAGAAGUGUUUUUGGAAUGUUAUCAGAGUUAUGGCGCCCUAAUGGAUAUGCUUGCGUUAGUUGACGGGGCUGUUAGUUUUUUCUUGUAUUGUAGGAUGAGCACAAUGUUUUGUAUCACCUUCUCACAAUUGUUUAAGCGUACUAAACUUAGUUUGCUCGCAAGGAUUUGUUAAAAUUUAAAAUUGAUAUUUGUAAGAUGUUGUGUAUAUUGUGAAUAAAAGUAAGUCUACAGUA